GAGGCACCGACCGAGGAGGCCACGUGACAUGCUGCAGACAGUCCCUUCCCAGAUCCACCGUCCCAAGUGCUUGGCGAUGCGCUGAUGCCAUUGGGGGAAGGAGGGACAGGAGAGCAUCGGCGGAGUUUUUGGGGAAACACGAGGUCACACUUGCUUUUAUAGAAGAAUCUGGCAGAGCAGGAAGGCAAUCCACUGGUCCAGGGGAAGGAUGUUUGGAGAGGAAGAGAGGAUGAGAGGAGAGCCAGAUUUAGCUGUUCCUGAAUCAGGUCUCAAUGCCAGUAAAGCUGGGAGCAGAGUGGAGCAGUGGGAAGGAAACAUUCAGAAAAGCCUUGGAAACAACAUCCUCCCUCCAGAUGUGCAGUGCCAGCAAUUCCAGCAGUUCUGCUACCUGGAGGCCGAGGGACCUCGAGAAGUCUGCAGCCAACUUCACCAUCUUUGCCAGCAGUGGUUGAAGCCAGAGAGGCACAGCAAGAAGGAGAUGCUGGACCUGGUGAUCCUGGAGCAGUUCCUGGCCAUCCUGCCCCCAGAGAUGGAGAGCUGGGUGAGGGAAUGCAGGCCGGAGACCAGUUCCCAGGCAGUGGCCCUGGCAGAAGGCUUCCUCCUCAGCCAGGCAGAGGACAGGAAUCAAGAUCAACAGGUGCAGGAGAAGAUUGCGCAGGAGUGUGACCACACAAUAGCUUUUCCAGGUGGUUCCUUAAAACCAAUGAACAAUUCUUUGCCAUCAUUUUCUGACAAGGAGAAAGCUGCUUCCUUACAGCCUGAUGGGGGUCUGGUGACUUUUGAGGAAGUGUCUGUUCAUUUCACUGAGGAGGAGUGGGCUCUGCUGGAUCCGGACCAAAGGGAUCUUCACCAGGAAGUCAUGGAGGAGAACUGGCAGAACGUGGCCUCUCUGGAGGCUGACGGUCUCCAGAACGAGUCUGAGGGAGACCCACAGCACCUUGUAUUUGAGGAAAAACAGCAGAAAAGAAUGGCUGGAACAAAAUGGAAGAGUGGGAAUGAAUCCUUUCCUCAGGGUGCUGAAUCCCACGUAGUUGAUAGACAUCAAAGAAUUAAGACAGCGGAGAAACCUCAUAAAUGGUUGGCAUGUGGAAGGAGUUCUGCUCAGAACUGCAUCCUUGCUGUUCAUCAACAAAUCCACAAGGAGGAGAUAUCAUAUAAAUGUUUAGAGUGUGGAAAGGGCUUUUCUUGUAAUUACAACCUGGCUGCUCAUCAACGAAUCCAUACUGGAGAGAAACCAUAUAAAUGCUUGGAGUGUGGAAGGAGUUUUGCUUGGAGUUCAGAUCUUAAAUCCCAUCAACGUAUCCACACGGGGGAGAAACCAUAUGAAUGCCUGGAGUGUGGAAAGAGCUUUGCUCGGAGUACAGACCUUACCAUCCAUCAACGUAUCCACACAGGGGAAAAACCAUAUGAGUGCUUGGAGUGUGGGAAGAGUUUUGCUCGGAGUUCAGACCUUUAUGCUCAUCAGCGUGUCCACACUGGGGAAAAACCAUAUCAGUGCCUGGAGUGUGGAAAGAGAUUUGCUUAUAGUUCACAACUUAAAUCCCAUCAACGUAUCCACACAGGGGAGAAACCAUAUGAAUGCUUGGAGUGUGGAAAGAGCUUUACUCAGAGUUCACAUCUUAAAUCCCAUCAACAUACCCAUACUGGGGAGAAGCCAUAUAAAUACUUGGAUAAGGCCAAGAGCUAUACUCAGAAUUCACAUCUUAAAUGCCAUCAAUAUUUCCGCACUGGAGAGAAACCAUAUAAAUGCCUGAAAUGCGAAAAGUGCUUUGCUCAGCGUUCACACCUUUCUAACCAUCAACGAAUCCACUCAGGGGAGAAACCAUAUGAAUGCUGGGAGUGUAGGAAGACUUUUGCUCACAGUACACAGCUUACUGCCCAUCAACGUAUGCACACUGGGGAUAAACAACUGAAAUGCUUGAAGUGUGGAAAGAGCUUUGCUCAGAGUUCAGAGCUUAAAUCCCAUCAAUGUAUUCACAGUGUGGAGAAACCAUAUAAAUGCUUGGAGUGUGGAAACAGCUUUGGUUGGAGUUCACACCUUACUAGACAUCGACGAAUCCACACAGGGGAGAAGCCAUAUCAAUGCUUGGAUUGUGGAAGAAACUUUGCUCAGAGUUCACAACUUACUAAACAUCGACGAAUCCACACAGGGGAGAGGCCAUAUAAAUGCUUAGAGUGUGGAAAGAGCUUUCUUCGGAGUGACCACCUAACUUCUCAUCAACGAAUCCACAUGCAGGGGGAACCACAUAAACACUUGGAAUGUUGAAAGGGCUUUGUUCAAAAGGCAUAUCUUAAGGUUCACUUUAGAGUUCACAUAUGGGGAAACCAUAUAAAAUGCAAAGUCAGUUUUUGUUCUAAACUAGGCUCAUAUUAUACAGCUGUUGAACUGAUAUUGUUUAAGGCAUAUUCAAUUCUUAGUUAAAAUAGCGUUUAAUUUGUCCUACCCUGUGAAAAUUUUAUGGAGGGGUGUCCUAGACCUUUAGGUUUAAUUGAUUAUGUUGUUUAGGACUAGGUUUUCUGUCCCUCUUGCUCUGUAUGCCAUAUUUAAUUAUAAUUGGAUGAUGGAAUGAGUAGUUCUGCCUUCUGCCAAAAUCCUGUGUGAUACAAUCAAGGAAAAUGCCUUUCAGAUUGGCCAUCGCUUGACAUAGAGACUAUAGGAAUCUCUUUGAGGCAGACUAUAUCUUCCAGCUUCAUUUGAAAUAAAUGGGCUCUUGACAAG